CCGGAAGGCAGACGUCGAAGGCCCGUGAGUUGAUCGUAAUGGCAGGUGAAGGAAUUAAUGAAGACUAUCCAGUAGAAAUUCAUGAAUAUUUAUCAGCAUUUGAGAAUUCCAUUGGUGCUGUGGAUGAAAUGCUGAAGACCAUGAUGUCUGUUUCUAGAAAUGAGUUGUUGCAGAAGUUGGACCCACUUGAACAGGCAAAAGUGGAUUUAGUUUCUGCUUACACACUAAAUUCAAUGUUUUGGGUUUAUUUGGCAACCCAGGGAGUCAAUCCCAAGGAACAUCCAGUAAAGCAGGAAUUGGAGAGAAUCAGAGUAUACAUGAACAGAGUCAAGGAAAUAACAGACAAGAAAAAGGCUGGCAAGCUGGACAGGGGUGCGGCUUCAAGAUUUGUAAAAAAUGCCCUUUGGGAACCAAAACCUAAAAAUGCAUCCAAAGUUGCCAAUAAAGGAAAAAGUAAAAAUUAACCUUUCAGUUUUGAUGUACACAUAUUUUAAAAGUACAUAAUUUUUAUUGUUUUCCACAAAAUGGAUGAUGAUUAUGUGGCACUGUAAGGUUUAAAUGUAUUCCUUAUUGAAUUCAUGUAUAAAACUUGCAUUUGAAAUUCAUAAUGGUAAAAACUUUUCCCUCCAGAAAGAUUGUUAUCUUUAUUGGUUUUCCUAUAGAACACUAUGAGGUUUUUAACAUUGCUGUGUAUAUAUAUAUAUAUAUUUAAAUGUUUUAUUUUGUAUGGGAGUAUAGCUGAUUAAUAAUGUGAUAGUUUCAGGUGGACAGGGAAGGGACUCAGCCCUACAUAUACAUGAAUCAAUUCUCCCCCAAACUCCUCUCCCAUAUAGUAGGUCCUUGUUGGUUAUGCGUUUUACCUUUAUGCAUACAUUUACAGCAGUGUGUACAUGUAAUCCCAAGCAACAUUGUAGUAUAUUUUAUAUUUAUAUUUUACUGCCUCUUGACCAGACUCUUAUUUGCUUAGGUCAGUCUUUCAAAGCCAUUUUAUAAGCAACUAUUAAGUUUAAGUUAAAUGUUCCUCAUAAACAUUUGUCUGUUUCAAUGAAUAAUGAUUUUAUGACGUAUGCUGAAGUUAUAAAUACAUCUGUUCUCACUAUAUGAUAUUAAGAAAGAGUGAAAUGACUUAAAUGUCCAUUUUUUCUCUGUAGUUAUUUCAUUAUGCUUUCAUGAUUUUGGGAAUUACUGCUUUUUGUGGUAUUUGAAGUAUGAAAUUAAGACUUUAAGGUUAUUCUUUAAUUCUUGGCACUUUGCCACUAUGUCCCAUUUAAAGUAAAAUACAUUCUCAUUAACUUUAGAUGGGAAAUGAGGUUGUAUAUUGAUGGCUGAAUUUUGACAUAAUAGCUAUACCCUAUCAAAGCUAUUAAUGUAUGGCUGACCUGUUUUUAAUUUUUCUCUUUUGAGUAAAUGUUUCCUUGAAAUUAGGAAGGUCGGUUUUAGAAGUCCUUAGAAGUGGAGGAAUCCAUGAGUUUUUGUUCUUUGUCCAUAGUGCUGGUAGUUAACUUUGCCUCAAUUUUUUCAGAUUUUUUUAAAAUAUUUAUGAGGGUAUAACAAGUAUGUACAAGUAUUUUGGAACAACUUUGUAUGUUAUAUAAUGCCACUUAAUCAGAGGAGAAAUCUGAAGGAGAGUACGUUGUAUUUAUAUUCUGAUUUGUUUUUCUGUAAUAUUUGUUAGUGAGAAUUCUAAAUAUUAAAACUUUUUAAAUGUCUAA